UUGCGACUUACCAUGUCGCGUGCUCCUCCAUUUCCAACUCGUACAAGCCGCUCAGGCUCUGUUUCCAAUUCUAAUGGGCCUAACUCGUCCCAGAAUACACGUCCUCUCCAGAUAAGUAGAGGUCCUUCACGACCAACCACUCCCUCACGGCCACCCACUCCUGGCAACAAUGCUCCUGCUUCAAUACCUCGUACUAGCAAUGUUUCCGGCGGACCUUCUCGUCCUCAAAGAUCAGAACUCAGACAAACAGGGACCAGGAGUUCCGAUUAUUCUGAUCGCACCGCAAGUACGUACAGGGAUAGCGUAGCGAGCUCUACGCGACAGGAUCCUGGACAGACUCACCGAACACGACCCUCCCUCUCCUCAACAAUACCCUCACGACAAAAAAGCGAAGAAUAUUCUCCAAUGUCCCCUGCUCUUUCGAACGUGAUGUCAGCAUUCCGUGAUGCUGGGGCCAGGAGGCGUGCUACUCAAGAUGACGAUGAUGUCGAGUAUCAGAGAGACAGAAGGCAGGAAAGAGAGGCUGAGAGUGCGCGGCAGCAACGAAUAAGAGAAAAGGCACCUGGCAGGCGAACAAAUGGUAGAACGAAACCCGGGGACACUGACGCCGUUCUCGACCAGAUAAAAGAGGAGUGGGAGUUUGUGAUCGAUCCGGAUUUCAAUUCAGUGGAUCUUGCCCUGCAACUUUUGGAUGAAUCGUCGACAGGGAAAGGCAUGGAAUCCUUUAGGAGAACCAGUCGACUGCUGGGUAAAGCGCUAAAAGUAUCGGUUGACAAACAUUACCAGGCUUUUGCUGCUGCAUUACCGAAUCAUGCUUCUCUUCUUAAUCACCUGGGAGCCACACAAACUCAGAUCAGUGAAGCAAGAACAUCUCUUCAAGAGUCCAAGGAUUCACUGGGGACUAAAAGAGCCGAUUUGGUCCAGUUGUGGUCUAGAGGUCAGACGUUGGAAGAAAUGAUGCGUCUUUUGGACCAAAUAGAGCAUUUGAAGACGAUACCGGAUCUUCUGGAAACGCUCAUGUCCGAGAAGCGCCUUCUUCAAGCCUCUGUCCUCCUUGUCAAGAACCUAAAGAUCAUCAACAAACCCGAUAUGCUUGAAAUUGGUGCCGUCUCAGACUUAAGAAGUUAUCUCGCAGGCCAAGAGACUGCUCUGUGGGAGAUACUAAUUGACGAAUUGCAAAGUCAUCUUUAUUUGAAGUCUUUCUGGUGCGAAUCUCGUUGGGCUCCGUAUACUCCAAGACAGACCACAUUCAUCAAGGUACCUUUUGAAGAAGUUCCGGAUCCCAAAGCUUUUUCACAAUCCCAAUCUCCUUUCUCGCCCACCUUUGAACACUCCCGCCUCUCCCGAUUCCUCAACAGUCUAGCGGUAAGACCGAAUGAUUCACCGCUUGACCUAAAUGAAACAUCCAACUUCAACGAUCGAGAAAGUGGCGGUUUACCAAUCUCAUCGUCCAGUACAUUCAAUCGCAACUCCUUCGGCUCUUCACGGGACAAUCAAUCUACUAAUCCAGAAUCGGACUCCUUUGCCUACAUGGAAACAGUCCUUGAGUCACUCGCGGUACUUGGGAGACUCGGGAGUGCUCUAGACGUCAUAACUCAAAGGUUACCAGGUGAAUUGUUCACUCUGGUGGAUACCACCCUGGAAGAAGUAUCUGAGAGGACGGAAUAUGGGCAACGUAGCUCGAUCUAUUCAUUUGGUAACAGCACAGCAAACGCGGAAGGAGUUUACAUAUUUUCCGUUGACCCUUCGUUGAUCGUUACCCACAAUAAUGAGUUUCUCCGUGCACUGACUCUGAGGCUGGCGGCAUUGGAGUCUUCGUCUCAACACGUUGACCACGAAAUCUUAAGGGAUUUCUUUUGGACGUUGUAUUCGAAAAUGGAUGCUCUAGCCCAAGGUUUACGGGUCAUCUGUGAAGUUGCAAACCGUAUCGGAUCGCGAAAGGACUUCAAGGACUCGUUUGGAACAAAGCUAGGCACACUAUUCCCGCUGGAUGAUAUUUGGUCUUCUAUUCAAUCCGAGGUCAGAACACUUCUAUACGAUUACCUCACCAGUGAGGAGGAGAGCAACAUCGCUGGUCGAAAUCCGGUGUUGUCUAUCAAUGAGAUCCUGAGGGAUGGGCGCUUCUCGCGGGAUAAAACCAAAGGAGUGUUUCGGUUGGCUGAUACCGACUCAAGGCUCACGAAGAAGCUUCUUAAAACCCAUGAAGAUGCAUUGACUCAAGUAAUCAAAGAUACCAUGCCGGGGCUAGUUCAAGCGUCUACUGAGACAGCGGUACAAUCCGCAUUAUCUAAAGUCGGUACCGACGAUAGAGCACUACCUGGUGUUGGUCAACAUCAUAAACUUCUCAUUAAACCCAAUGCUUUCAACGUUAGCGUGCUCUUCCAGCCUACACUAGCCUGGUUGGAACGUGUAGCCAAGGUCCUUCCCUCCGAUGUCGCCAACGUCCGCUCCUCUGCGGGUGUACUUGAAGAGUUUGUCUUGAAAAUAUAUCUCCCGCAGCUAGAGGAGAAGGUUUCUGACCUCUUUCAUCAAACUGUCACUGGCCCCGAAGCUUUUCAGGCUGACCCAUUAUCGAGGAAGCUCUCGCCAGAGCCUCUCGUUAGGGCAAGUACACAUCUUAUGGCUCUGGUGAACUCCCUUUGCGUGAUCCUGCAAACGACCCCUUUUCAUCGGGAGAGCCACUCGCGGUUGAUUUUAGGUAUCAUUAUCCAGUUCUACCAAAGAUGUAGCGAUAGAUUCCAAGAUUUAAUCACCACCAAGCCACCCACCGAAACCGCUUUGGAUCCCGAGGUAGCAGUAGGUGCUCAGUGGGCGCAGCGGUCCGACUUCUUGACGACCCUGUCUGAACUCAAGGCCCUCUCAAUCCUUGACAGUUCAAAGAAACGGGUUCUUCUCCGUCAGGAAACAGAGCUUGAACUUGGCGCACUAGGGGAGGGCAAGAUCUCCAGGAACGACCUAGUCGUAUCAGUGCGCAAUCUUGGCGCAUUAGCAUGUUUAUAUCGAAGUAUUGUUUGGUUUGCCUCGGAACUAUCUACGCUCAAGGCUCGACCGGAUGACAUGCCUCCUACCCCUCAGAACCUCGAACCGCUAUCCGCGGCGCCAUUUACGCCUUUCACACCUCUACUACCAACGCUGGUGCCCACCCCCGAAAUCAAUCUACCGCUUUCAAAAGAAAUGGCUCUUCGAUUCCAGGCGUUGGUCAGAACUUACGAUCAACUAUCGGAUCUUAUUCUGGAUACCAUCCGGCUCGAUGUGCGCUGCAGAACCAUGCAUUAUCUUGACUUGGCAAUGCGAUUGGGAAACUAUACAAUAGACACUGAGGCUGGAGAGCCCGAUCCGCACAUCAUAGAUCUCAAUAGUGAGUUGGGGGAAUGUAAUGAUCUCAUGGCCACACAUCUACCGAAGAGUAGUAGAGACUUUAUCUUUGCGGGACUCGGGCAGCUCAUGAAGUCCAUACUGAUCUCCGGAGCACGGUAUCUUCACCGCCCGAAUGCAUUUGGGAUUAAGAAGAUUCUAAGGAACGUACUCGCCCUCCAGCAAUGCGUGAAGGCCAUCGCCACUGCUGAGCAAGCCAAGGACGUUGACAGAGUGAAAAAGUAUUAUGCACUAUUCUUCAAGGGACCUCAGGACAUGAUCGAAGGGAUACGUCAAGAACAAACAUUUACCUUUGACGAAUACCAGGUCAUGUUGGCUUUGCAAUGCGGUAUCGACCCGAACCAGUCUGACAACAGGGCCUCUCAAUCGACCGACCGAAAUUAUAGUAUGUACAUGAUAGACUUGCAUGGAUUGGAAAUUGAAGAAGCAACGGAGUCUUGA